GACACAAGGAUCUGUACAAGGAGGCCAUGAUGGAGGAGCACCAGCCUCUUAUAUCACAAGAGAAUCCCAAUAAGAAUUUAGAAGAAAAUGUCAUGUUAUCACUAAAUUAUAAUUUAGAAGAUGAAGAUAUCAUGCUGCGCUCUUCAGGAGAAAACCUCAUUACCCUUAAUUUAUAUCAGGGACUUCACAGCACAGAUCUGUCAUAUAAUCCCAAUCAUGAGGAACCUUCUACUGAUCAAUCACAGAUUGUUACCACAAGUACAGGCCAGAAAGGGGGUGAAGAGUUCUCAAAAAGUUCAGGUCUUUCUACACACAGAAGUACUCGCACAGGGAAUAAGCCAUACUCCUGCUCAGAAUGUGGAAAGUGCUUUAAAGAUAAAUCAGAUCUUGUUACACAUGAGAAAAUUCACAAAGGAGAGAAGCCAUAUUCGUGUUUAGAAUGUGGGAAAUGUUUUACACAGAAAUCAUAUCUUGUUAUACAUAAGAAAUAUCACACAGGAGAGAAACUAUAUUCAUGUUCAGAAUGUGGGAAAUGUUUUGUCCAGAAGUCAACUUUAGGCAUACAUGAGAAAAUUCACACAGGAGAGAAGCCGUAUUCAUGUUCAGAAUGUGGAAAAUGUUUCAUACGAAAAUCACAUCUUGUUUUACACGAGAGAAAUCACACAGGAGAGAAGCCGUAUUCAUGUUCAGAAUGUGGGAAAUGUUUCACACGAAAAUCACAUCUUGUUUUACACAAAAGAAGUCACACAGGAGAGAAGCCAUAUUCAUGUUCAGAAUGUGGGAAAUGUUUUACACAGAAACCAAAUCUUGUUACACAUGUGAGAAUUCACACAGGAGAGAGGCCAUAUUCCUGUUCAAAGUGUGAGAAAUGUUUUACACAGAAAGUAGAUCUUGUUAAACAUGAAAGAAUUCACACAAGAGAGAAGCCAUAUUCAUGUUCAGAACGUGGGAAAGGUUUUGCACAGAAAUCAAAUGUUGUUACACAUGAGCGAAUUUGCAAAACAGAGAGAGACUGUAAAGCUGAAUUUCUAUAAAAGUAAAAAAAAAAAAAAAAAAUUCCAUGUUACUUACAGACAAAGUUGGGGCUACAUGGCAACUUCAGUUGCUCCCUAGCAAAUCUCUUAAUAGUUGAGCAACUUUUCUGCAACUUGCUGUCAUGCAGCUUUUUUAGCUGUUAUUUGGCUGUUAUUUUUUUUUAUAGAAUUAUCCUGGCUCUAUCAAACAAUGUAAUGCUUAGAAGAAAACUUUGUUUACUUCUAGAGCAGUGAAGAUGAACUGUCCCCAUGAACCUUGUUUCUAAUCCCUGUAUUCACACCUCCACCCACACUGUGGGAGAGUCCAGAGUAAAAAUGGAGAAAAGUAAUGGCGCUCCAUGUAAUUGUUUUAUAACGUAUGUGGACAUAUUAAUAUGUCAUCUUCAUUUAGUAUUUAAAGGUGUUCUCAUGCAUUUGAUCUAAUUAGUGAACAGUGCUAAUCUGUGAGGGGCAGCCCUUUAACAUAGGACCUACCAUCCCUUGCUCCCCUGAGGCUGCCGUCUGCAUUUUAGUCCAAGCAGCUCAACAGGAAAAGUGGCCACAUCCUGUUGGAAGAACACACAACAGUGCAGUGCAGAUGGCAGCAUUGGGGGAGUGAGGGAGGAUAAGUCCUAUGUAAAAAAGCUACCAUUCACUACUUAGACUAAAUGCCCAAAGAUGAAAUAAAAUCUAUUUUCUCCACAACCGCAUCACCAUUGUCACUGACAGACAUUUUCUUCUUGGCUCAUAUUAUACUUUCUCCUAGCGCUGUGACCUUCAUUGAUCCUACACACUAUCCCCCCUGUGCUGAGACAGUGAUAAUGGUGGCAUGAUGACUAUAUCACUGAUUUAUCUGACCGGUGAUAAUUAACACCCCGUAUGUACAUUCCUGCGGUUUAAUGGUAAACCUAUCUAGAUACUGGAGCUGAGGGAUACAGUCCACUUGAAAAAUGGAAAAAAAU